UGGGUUUAUUUGUAAUGUUUGGUGGCUUUUUAACUGAACAAGAGAAGUUGUUCCAUCACUACGCUCUGAACGUGCCACUCUACACACACUUCACCUCUCCAAUCCGCCGCUACGCUGAUGUCAUCGUCCACCGCCUGCUGGCCGCCUCACUUAAGUGUGGACCUCGUGUGCAUCUCGCCCAAGAUGAAGUGCAGAAGCAGGCCACCCACUGUAACGAUAAGAAGACUGCAUCCAAGAGGGUUCAGGAGAUGAGCACCGAGCUGUUCUUCAGUAUCUUCGUCAGGGAGUGUGGGCCUCUGGAAUCGAAGGCGAUGGUGAUGGGGAUGCUGGAUAAAUCCUUUGAUGUGUUGGUGCUGGACUAUGGGGUUCAGAAGAGGAUCUACUGUAAUGCCAUUGAGGGUCUGCAGUCGUUUAAUUUCCGUAAAGUCGGUAAACGGCCUGAGAUGACCCUGGUUUGGACACCUAACGAGCUGGAAGAUGAAAGCAUUACACAGGAGAUCUCCUUGUUUUCCGUGGUGGAUGUGCUGCUGACUGCUGCUGAAGGUCCUCUCAAAUACACUGCAGUACUGAGGAGUCCCACACACACCCAGUUCUGAACACACACACAUUUAAUAUUCUCAUGGUUCUGAGGUCAGAAGUAUUUCACAUGGCGUGUGUCAUAUGUGUUUAACACGUGGUUAAUAAUAUCUCUGAUUAGCAGUGUGAUUAACAUCAUUAACGAUUGCACUUUUACUUCAACUCAUUUUUAAAAAAGUUAUAGUUUAUAAAUUGAAGAUAGGAAACUCUUAAGUGUGACGUGUUCUUGUGUGACUCGAUGGCACUAAUAAUUAUUUUGCUGUUGUGUCUGAGCUUAAACCAGUGCUAACCACGUGUCAUAUUUUUAUUUAAACGUGUGUGUGGUCAUUUUUACACAGGUGAUUACCCACAAUCCCACAGUGCGGUUAGUUUACUGUAAUCACCUGUUAUUUUAUUUAACUCCAUUUCAAAUCCCACUGCAGGAUUCGUUUCCAUUAUAAACCUCAGCUACAGUUUCCAGUUUUUAAUAUGAAUUCUAAAGCUGCACGUAAAACUGUGUCCGAGGUUUAUAACGGAAAUGAAACCUGCAGUGGUACGACGAUUCGGUUCUCCCAGUGGGAGGAGUUUAAUUUUUAUUUUUUUAACACAGGUUUGUGUCGAUUUUUUCCACUGCACGUGUGACGUCUCUGCUGUUUUCAUUACUGCCUAACGGUCACUGUGCAUUUUUAUUUUAAUUUUAAAGAGUUUUAAUUUUUGUUGUUUAAUGUCCUGUCACUGAGGAGAAUUAAAUUAUUUCCAUUCAGGAAAACAUUUGUGGUGUUCUGAGUUAAUGAACUCACUGUAGUGAAGUGUGUAACUGAUGGAAACAGUGUGUAAUGUCACAGUCAGGCCAGUAGUGGGCACUGUUCACUUUAAUAUACCUGCCGCUGAGGUCUUUAUUCUAGAGUGCGGUAGAUAAACACGACCACACUGAGGAGAUACAUGUACUAUAAAUGGCAAUAAAGUCACCUGUUACAGUGUAAUUUAAGUUUAUUAUUAUAGCAGUAAAUGUCCACGAUGGUAUAGAUGCAGAUUUCUGAUCUGCCUUCUCAAGUGAAAAACGCUAAUUUGGAAAUUUUCAAGCACUGACCAACAUAAGGUUAGAUAGAUGGAUUGAUAGAUGGAGAGAUGGAUAGAUAGAUGUACAUUAUUUAUACCAAAUAAGAUUUAGGAUAAAUAAGCACAAAAUCACAGGAUCAAACUUGUAGGAAAGCGCUAUAAUAGGCUAAUGUCAUUGUGAUUGCCAGGAGAGAGCGAUUAUGCCCCUCCCACCCAGAGAACACUGCCAAUUGAGCUCUCUUGUGCUCCUGGCCAUGAAGAUCUGUAGCAGUGUCGGGAUUUAAACUCGAGAUAUCCCGGACGAUAAGGUGAACUCUUUUCUGUUGGUAAAAGCAAAUGUUUUAGAUAUUUUUUUUAAUGUUUUAAUGUUUUUAAUGUCAAUAAACUCCGAUCUGACCGAGAUGGCCAUGACUGGUGAUCAGAGAGCACAAAAAUAUCUCCCACAUAAACAAAUCAUUACACUCUGUACAAAAUAAAAAUAAAAAUGUAUUUAUAGUCAGUAAACCUGUGCUUUUUACAGAA